UUUGGACUUUUGUUCUACUUUACAACAGCAUGACUUCUGAAUGCUAAAUAAUUGCAAAUUGGUUUUCAGCUUCAAGAAGAAAAAAAGAAGUAUUCUACAGAUAAAUCAAAACAGAGUCAUCCAGAGGAGACAAUGGAAGUGACCCUGAAAACAGAAGUGGAAGCUGGUGCUAGUGGUUUUAGUGUGAUAGGUGGAGAAAAUGAAGGAAUAUUUAUUAAAAAAGUACUGAAAGAGUCUCCUGCUUCAAAAAUAUUUAGCCUGAGAGAAGGUGAUCAGCUUCUAAGUGCUACGAUAUUUUUCGAUAAUAUCAAGUAUGAAGAUGCACUCAAGAUUCUCCAGUAUUCCGAGCCAUACAGAGUCCAAUUCAGCCUCAAAAGAAAAAUUGCUGGGAAAGAAGAGUUAGAACACACUCACUCUACAGCCCAGUACAAAAAGGAAAGAAGAAACCAGCAAAAAGAACUCAGUGACAGCAUUCCUGAAGAAACACUGCAUGUUUCAGGAAAAGACAUUUCAGAAGAAGACAGGGAAACAUUAAUUGUAAGCCAAAGGGUAGGAAGAAGCAAGAGACCUAAAAAAGAUAGAUUGUCAUGGCCAAAAUUCCAGUCAAUCAAAAGUAAAAAGAUACUGGGGCACAGGAGAUCUCAUAGUACAUCAGAUGCAUAUGAGUCUGGUAUACAGGAUAUUUCCCCUACAAGCACAGACACAGAGUCUCAAUUUCAACAAGAAGUCCACAUCAGAGAAAAAAAAGGAAGCCAAAAGAAACUGAAGUUCCCAAGCAUUGGAUUCAAAAUGCAGAGAUCCAAACCAGAACCUCAAGACAGGCCAAAAAAAGAAAUAAAAACUACGCUGUUAAAUGAAAGAGAGAAAAUACAUAAAGAAGAUAUCAGCCUGGAAAAUCCUGAAAUUGUAACUGUUGAAUAUACCACAUUGCCUGCUUACAAAACUAAAACAGCAGAGGUACAUGAAACUUUAACAAAAGACUUAAAUGAUAUGCAAAAUGGCAUUCCAUCUUAUGCAAAAAAGUGCCCUGAAGUAGAAAUAAGCAUUAAAAAAGACAAGGACUCAACAUCAAAAUUUACCGUACCUGAAGUAUCAGCUAUAACAACACAGAUAUCAAAGCCCAGUUUAGAAACACCUGAUCUGAAAGAAAGCCCAACUAAACAAGUACUAACAGCCUCCUCAAAAUCCCGAAAAAAGAAACAGAAAGGAAUAGCAGAUAAAACAGAAGAAAAAAUCGGAAUUAACAUAGACAUGAUGGGACACAGAGCACAAGAAUCUAUACAGGAAAAUACCAAGAGAAGAAAGCACAACAGAACCAGCAGAUACAAAGCUCCCAAGGCGGACAUCAGCCUCCCAUCUGUCGACGUCACCCUUCCAAAGGCCAGCGUUGAGCUGCAGGCGCCCGAGGCAGCCGUCAGCCUCGAAGGAGAAGCCAAAGCCCCAGAGAAGGAGGCCGUGAAGACCAAGGACGGCAAGUUCAAGAUGCCCAAGUUCGGCAUGCCGUCCUUCGGCUGGUCCAGCAGCAGAGAGGCCAAGGGCACCGUGGCCGCUGACGUGGACGUCAGCCUCAAGGAGCCCCACGUGACGGUGGCCUCGGGAAGCGCCGAGGUCGACGUGAGCCUGCCCGCGGCCGAGAUCCAAGCGCCCGGUGUGGAGGUGACAGUCGAGACGGGCGCCGCAGGGGACGCUGAGAAAGGCCGAUUUAAGAUGCCCGACGUCAAGAUGCCCAGCGUCAAGCUGCCCAAAGUCAAAGCUCCCCACGUGCAGGUCAGCCUGCCAAAGGGCGAGGCCUCGCUUCCCAAGGCUCAGGCCGAAGCCCCGGAGGGCGAAGCCGCCGUGCAGGGUCCUGACGCCGAAAGCGGCCUGGAGGUGGCUGCCGGCAAAGUUGAGAGCGGCGGCAUGAAAAUACACAUGCCGAAAGUCAAGGUGCCCAGCGUCGUCUUCUCCAAGCCGACCGUCAAGGCUCCCAAACUGGACGCAGACGUCUCACUGGACAAAGUCGACGUCAGCCUCCCGGAGGCUGGCCUCAAGGCUGGCGACAUCAGCGUCACGGCCGCCGACAUCAAGCUGCCCUCCGUGGACGGCUCCGUUGAGCUCCAGGCGCCUGACAUAGACCUGAAAGCCCCCUCUGCCGAAGGCUCCCUCGACGUGGCUGAGCUGGAAACCACAGGCCUGAAAGGAAAGUUAAAGAUGCCCAAGUUCGACAAGCCCAAAUUCGGAGUGUCGCCCCCCAAGGCGGAGGCGCUCGACGGCCAGGUCAGCCUGCCCACCGCACAGGUCGACCUCCCGUCCGCCACUGUGACGGCCGCAGGGGAGGGCACCGCGCUGGGCCUCAAAGCCGACGUCCCCAGCGGCAAAAGCGAAGGGGCCGGCUGGAAGCUGGAGAAGCCCUCCCUCAAAAUGCCCAAAGCGGACAUCAAAGCUCCCAAGGCGGACAUCAGCCUCCCAUCUGUCGACGUCACCCUUCCAAAGGCCAGCGUUGAGCUGCAGGCGCCCGAGGCAGCCGUCAGCCUCGAAGGAGAAGCCAAAGCCCCAGAGAAGGAGGCCGUGAAGACCAAGGACGGCAAGUUCAAGAUGCCCAAGUUCGGCAUGCCGUCCUUCGGCUGGUCCAGCAGCAGAGAGGCCAAGGGCACCGUGGCCGCUGACGUGGACGUCAGCCUCAAGGAGCCCCACGUGACGGUGGCCUCGGGAAGCGCCGAGGUCGACGUGAGCCUGCCCGCGGCCGAGAUCCAAGCGCCCGGUGUGGAGGUGACAGUCGAGACGGGCGCCGCAGGGGACGCUGAGAAAGGCCGAUUUAAGAUGCCCGACGUCAAGAUGCCCAGCGUCAAGCUGCCCAAAGUCAAAGCUCCCCACGUGCAGGUCAGCCUGCCAAAGGGCGAGGCCUCGCUUCCCAAGGCUCAGGCCGAAGCCCCGGAGGGCGAAGCCGCCGUGCAGGGUCCUGACGCCGAAAGCGGCCUGGAGGUGGCUGCCGGCAAAGUUGAGAGCGGCGGCAUGAAAAUACACAUGCCGAAAGUCAAGGUGCCCAGCGUCGUCUUCUCCAAGCCGACCGUCAAGGCUCCCAAACUGGACGCAGACGUCUCACUGGACAAAGUCGACGUCAGCCUCCCGGAGGCUGGCCUCAAGGCUGGCGACAUCAGCGUCACGGCCGCCGACAUCAAGCUGCCCUCCGUGGAAGGCUCCGUUGAGCUCCAGGCGCCUGACAUAGACCUGAAAGCCCCCUCUGCCGAAGGCUCCCUCGACGUGGCUGAGCUGGAAACCACAGGCCUGAAAGGAAAGUUAAAGAUGCCCAAGUUCGACAAGCCCAAAUUCGGAGUGUCGCCCCCCAAGGCGGAGGCGCUCGACGGCCAGGUCAGCCUGCCCACCGCACAGGUCGACCUCCCGUCCGCCACUGUGACGGCCGCAGGGGAGGGCACCGCGCUGGGCCUCAAAGCCGACGUCCCCAGCGGCAAAAGCGAAGGGGCCGGCUGGAAGCUGGAGAAGCCCUCCCUCAAAAUGCCCAAAGCGGACAUCAAAGCUCCCAAGGCGGACAUCAGCCUCCCAUCUGUCGACGUCACCCUUCCAAAGGCCAGCGUUGAGCUGCAGGCGCCCGAGGCAGCCGUCAGCCUCGAAGGAGAAGCCAAAGCCCCAGAGAAGGAGGCCGUGAAGACCAAGGACGGCAAGUUCAAGAUGCCCAAGUUCGGCAUGCCGUCCUUCGGCUGGUCCAGCAGCAGAGAGGCCAAGGGCACCGUGGCCGCUGACGUGGACGUCAGCCUCAAGGAGCCCCACGUGACGGUGGCCUCGGGAAGCGCCGAGGUCGACGUGAGCCUGCCCGCGGCCGAGAUCCAAGCGCCCGGUGUGGAGGUGACAGUCGAGACGGGCGCCGCAGGGGACGCUGAGAAAGGCCGAUUUAAGAUGCCCGACGUCAAGAUGCCCAGCGUCAAGCUGCCCAAAGUCAAAGCUCCCCACGUGCAGGUCAGCCUGCCAAAGGGCGAGGCCUCGCUUCCCAAGGCUCAGGCCGAAGCCCCGGAGGGCGAAGCCGCCGUGCAGGGUCCUGACGCCGAAAGCGGCCUGGAGGUGGCUGCCGGCAAAGUUGAGAGCGGCGGCAUGAAAAUACACAUGCCGAAAGUCAAGGUGCCCAGCGUCGUCUUCUCCAAGCCGACCGUCAAGGCUCCCAAACUGGACGCAGACGUCUCACUGGACAAAGUCGACGUCAGCCUCCCGGAGGCUGGCCUCAAGGCUGGCGACAUCAGCGUCACGGCCGCCGACAUCAAGCUGCCCUCCGUGGAAGGCUCCGUUGAGCUCCAGGCGCCUGACAUAGACCUGAAAGCCCCCUCUGCCGAAGGCUCCCUCGACGUGGCUGAGCUGGAAACCACAGGCCUGAAAGGAAAGUUAAAGAUGCCCAAGUUCGACAAGCCCAAAUUCGGAGUGUCGCCCCCCAAGGCGGAGGCGCUCGACGGCCAGGUCAGCCUGCCCACCGCACAGGUCGACCUCCCGUCCGCCACUGUGACGGCCGCAGGGGAGGGCACCGCGCUGGGCCUCAAAGCCGACGUCCCCAGCGGCAAAAGCGAAGGGGCCGGCUGGAAGCUGGAGAAGCCCUCCCUCAAAAUGCCCAAAGCGGACAUCAAAGCUCCCAAGGCGGACAUCAGCCUCCCAUCUGUCGACGUCACCCUUCCAAAGGCCAGCGUUGAGCUGCAGGCGCCCGAGGCAGCCGUCAGCCUCGAAGGAGAAGCCAAAGCCCCAGAGAAGGAGGCCGUGAAGACCAAGGACGGCAAGUUCAAGAUGCCCAAGUUCGGCAUGCCGUCCUUCGGCUGGUCCAGCAGCAGAGAGGCCAAGGGCACCGUGGCCGCUGACGUGGACGUCAGCCUCAAGGAGCCCCACGUGACGGUGGCCUCGGGAAGCGCCGAGGUCGACGUGAGCCUGCCCGCGGCCGAGAUCCAAGCGCCCGGUGUGGAGGUGACAGUCGAGACGGGCGCCGCAGGGGACGCUGAGAAAGGCCGAUUUAAGAUGCCCGACGUCAAGAUGCCCAGCGUCAAGCUGCCCAAAGUCAAAGCUCCCCACGUGCAGGUCAGCCUGCCAAAGGGCGAGGCCUCGCUUCCCAAGGCUCAGGCCGAAGCCCCGGAGGGCGAAGCCGCCGUGCAGGGUCCUGACGCCGAAAGCGGCCUGGAGGUGGCUGCCGGCAAAGUUGAGAGCGGCGGCAUGAAAAUACACAUGCCGAAAGUCAAGGUGCCCAGCGUCGUCUUCUCCAAGCCGACCGUCAAGGCUCCCAAACUGGACGCAGACGUCUCACUGGACAAAGUCGACGUCAGCCUCCCGGAGGCUGGCCUCAAGGCUGGCGACAUCAGCGUCACGGCCGCCGACAUCAAGCUGCCCUCCGUGGAAGGCUCCGUUGAGCUCCAGGCGCCUGACAUAGACCUGAAAGCCCCCUCUGCCGAAGGCUCCCUCGACGUGGCUGAGCUGGAAACCACAGGCCUGAAAGGAAAGUUAAAGAUGCCCAAGUUCGACAAGCCCAAAUUCGGAGUGUCGCCCCCCAAGGCGGAGGCGCUCGACGGCCAGGUCAGCCUGCCCACCGCACAGGUCGACCUCCCGUCCGCCACUGUGACGGCCGCAGGGGAGGGCACCGCGCUGGGCCUCAAAGCCGACGUCCCCAGCGGCAAAAGCGAAGGGGCCGGCUGGAAGCUGGAGAAGCCCUCCCUCAAAAUGCCCAAAGCGGACAUCAAAGCUCCCAAGGCGGACAUCAGCCUCCCAUCUGUCGACGUCACCCUUCCAAAGGCCAGCGUUGAGCUGCAGGCGCCCGAGGCAGCCGUCAGCCUCGAAGGAGAAGCCAAAGCCCCAGAGAAGGAGGCCGUGAAGACCAAGGACGGCAAGUUCAAGAUGCCCAAGUUCGGCAUGCCGUCCUUCGGCUGGUCCAGCAGCAGAGAGGCCAAGGGCACCGUGGCCGCUGACGUGGACGUCAGCCUCAAGGAGCCCCACGUGACGGUGGCCUCGGGAAGCGCCGAGGUCGACGUGAGCCUGCCCGCGGCCGAGAUCCAAGCGCCCGGUGUGGAGGUGACAGUCGAGACGGGCGCCGCAGGGGACGCUGAGAAAGGCCGAUUUAAGAUGCCCGACGUCAAGAUGCCCAGCGUCAAGCUGCCCAAAGUCAAAGCUCCCCACGUGCAGGUCAGCCUGCCAAAGGGCGAGGCCUCGCUUCCCAAGGCUCAGGCCGAAGCCCCGGAGGGCGAAGCCGCCGUGCAGGGUCCUGACGCCGAAAGCGGCCUGGAGGUGGCUGCCGGCAAAAUUUCUCUUUAUUAUUCUGUAACAGAGCAUACUCCUGCUGUUAUUUCAGGUAGUGUUGGAGCUGAUGUUCCUACUGUUAAUAAGGGAGUUAUUUGCUCUAAAAAUACAAUGUUACGAAUUCCUGUCUUGGGUUUCUCCAAACUUGAUAUUGGUUCUUCCAAAUAUGAGCAGGAUUCCCCAUUACCAAAAGGUGAUAUUACUCUUACCAAAUAUCAAAUGAAUCUAGUAGAAUCUGAGUCCAAAAUGUCAUCUCUUGCUGAUGAGAAUAUUUCAGUAACAGAUUUUGAAUUUUUAAGUGAAAAUGCUUCUUUGGAGCAAGGAACUCUGAAGCCAGGAUGUAAACUACCAUCUGCUGAAAUACCUGUAGAUGACACAGAGUUUACAGUUAAAAUUCCUAAAUUUCAAAGACCAAAAUUUGGAUUUUCUUUGUCCGUGGGAAAACCAUCAGUAAGUGACAUUGGUUCCAAAGUGGAAUCUGAAAUUUCCAGGGAAAGCACAACAGCUGAUAUGGCUGAUAUUGACAAACUAACUCAGAUCUGUGAUGCUGAGUUUGGCGGAAAGAUGCACAAGCCUUCACCUGAAAUUGUUCUAAAUGCACCCAGGUUGGAUGUCAGUCUCCCAUCAAUGGAAGUUGGCAUGCCAAAACUAGAAGUGGAAAUCGAUGGCCCAGAUUUAGAAUGCAAGGCAGAACAGGAAGUAUUUUCAGGAGAGAUGGACACUGGGGAGAAAGAAAACAAAGUUAAAAAGUCAAAAUUCAAACUCCCGUCGUUUAGUUGGUCACCAAAGAAAGAAGCUAUUGCUCCUUCUGAAGUGGAAGGACAUCUGCAAGAACCAGCUUUGUCUACUCUGUCUCAAGACACAGAAUCUGAAUUAAUAUUUCUUACCCCUGAGAAUCAAAACCUUCAUGCACAAUUUGACACAUCAAUAGAAAAAGAUGGUGGAAAGGGCAGAAUCAAGAAGUCUCAGUUUACCAUGCCAAAGAUCUCAUUCCCUAAAAUUAAAGGUCAGAGAGUCCAGGUGUCUCUGCCUGUACUGGAAACUGACACUUGUGGUCCCAAACAAGAGAAAAAAGGUGUUUCAGUACAGGAAUCUGAGAAAGGAAGUAGUGUAGAAGGGGCAGAACUGGACAUAAAAAUGACAAAAAUUACAGUCCCAGCUUCAGAAUUUUCCAAAGCAGAAAUCAGAGCUCCCAAAAUAGAGAUGGGUAUGCCUACAGGUGAGGUCAUACUUCCUACAUGUGAAGAAAAUGACUUGACAUUGAAAUCUGCCGCUGCUAAUGCCAGCCUCUCCCCCUCGGAUAUUAAGAUGACAACUGAAGGCUCCCUUGAGGUGAAGAGUCUUGACACAAGUGUUGAAAGAACAUCAAGUGAAAUUGCUAUGGGUGAUGUAGAAAUAAAAAUGGAAGGUGCUGAAGGGAGAACAAAAAUGUCUAAAUUCCAAAUGCCAAAAUUUGGAAUUACAGAUUCUAAAGGGAAAGGGUCAGAAAAGGAGGUCAGAAAAUCCAAAUCAGAAGUCAAGGUUCCUCAACUAAAACCAAUGGUAGAAAUAGCUGACAUUGCUAUUGAAGCACCAAAAUGGGAGGUGGAAUGUGGUACAGGAACAGAAACUUACAGCCCUAAAGUCAAAAUGACCAAAGCUGACAAUAGGGCAUCAGAGGCUGACAUUUCUAUUCCAAAACCAGACACUGGUAUUGAGGAUUCAGAUGCAGUACUAAAAACUAAAGGGGAAAGAAGGCAAGAUGGAGAUGGAGAAGGAGGACAUUUCAAAAUGCCAAAAUUCAAACUUCCAUCCUUUAGUUGGUCACCAAAGAAAGAAACAAGUGUUAAACUGGAUUCUGGAGUGAAUUUGGAAGAUCAUAAACUUGCUGCAAUGUCAAGCAAAAUAGACACAGAAGUGAGAGAAACUGCAACUGAUGACCAAGGUAGUGGGCCAGACCUUGAUCUGGAAAUAUCUGCAGGAAAAACUGAACAGAAAAGUCCAAGUAAAAAGCCUCAAUUUGUCAUGCCUAAAAUUUCACUCUCCAAGAUCAAAGUUCCCAAACCUCAUACUCGUUCACCAAAAGUUGAAGCUGACACUAUUAUUCUUGAAACAGAGAGAGGGGGUGAUGAUUCAAUACAGACACCUGAUAUAGAAAGAAGCGAUUUUGAGAGAACACAAGAAGGGACACAAAUAAGCAUAAAACCAUCUGAUGUUAAGAUCUCCACUCUGGACUUUUCAAAAAUAGAAACUGGAGCCUCCCAAACUGAAAUGAGAGUCAGCUCAGCAAAGAUCGAUGCUGCUCUGCCUCCUUCAGAGGGGAGUUUUCAACAACUUGUCUUAAAAUCAAGUUCUACCAAUGAAGAUACCAUUCAGAAAACAGGUAUUAAGUUCCCUAAAGGAGAAACUCCAAUAGAACCGAGGAGCCCUGAAAUAAUAACAGAAAAGUCAUUAGUUGUGGAUGGAAGAAAGAUUAAUUUGGAAGGUGCUGAAGGGAAGAUUAAAAUGCCCAAAUUUCAGAAGCCAAAAUUUGGAAUUUCCCUAACAAAAGGGAAAGGCCCAGAGACAGAAAUCAACUCUCCAAAAACAGAAGCUGAGGUACCCCAGCUAAAAAUGACAAAGGAAACUGCUGACAUUGAUGCGGGAGUUCCAGUAUCAGAACUUACAUCUAAUAUGUCAGAUCCUGGAGUAGGUGUUUGUCAAAUUCUGACAGCUGGCAUCAAAGCACCAAAGGUAGAUGUAAGCCUCCAGUCAGUGUCUAAACCAAUGACAGAGGGAGCUGUUGAGAGCCUUGAGGAGAAAUAUAUCAAAUUAAAAGAAGAAUAUGAUAUAAAAGCUGAAGAAGGUCAGACUGAAGAACAUCAGGGAUGGUUUAAAAUGCCGAAAUUCAAAAUACCUGCAUUUGGCAGGACAUCCUUAAAGGAAAAAAAAGGUGAUGCUUAUAUCGAAAGAUGUAUGGAAGAAGCUCAGGCAGUCAUUCCCUCUGCUGAAGUACAAACUGAAAUGAGUAUUCCUGAAAAUCCAUUCUCAUUACCACAUGCAGUCACUGAAAUGACUAUUGGAAAAGAAGGGAUUCCAAAAUUAGGAGAUUCUGUGAAGAGUUCUGAUGUUAGCUUGGCAAAGAUGGAAGGAGAUAUUUUGUUGUCCACAGAAAGAGUAGACAGCACAGUGAAUAUUCCAAAAACUGAAACUUAUGCAGAUAUAGUUAAGCACAGUGCUGAAGAACAAAAAAAGUAUACUUCAGAACUCACGGUAUCUCCAGCAGAAUUUGAUAAAGAUAACAGUUUAACAGAUAGGUUUUCUACAUGUACUCUGACUCUUCAAGAGCAUAAAAUCAAAUCACAGGAUAUAGAAGUCCCAAAGGCAGAAAGUUCCUCUAAGUUAGAGACUUCAGGAACAGGAUGUAUACCAUCAUCAGCUGAAAACACUCUGGAUGCAAUGCAGGAGAAAAUAGAUGUUAGUCUUCCAAAGGAAGAGCUAGAUAUUCAAAAUCAAGAGGCAGUAAUUAAACGAGGAAAGAUAAAGGGUGAGAUGAAAAUUACAGGAAAAGACAGUGAAGGAAGCCAAUUGAAAAGGCCUGUGAGUGAGUGGUCUACAGCAAAGGGAUCAGAAGAUGGUGCUUAUGUUACAGCUAAGCUGGAAGAUCUAAUGGUAGAAGUUCCAGUAGUGAAGAUGGACGUUAAAUUUGCUAAAGUAGAUCCUGAAAUGAAAUUUCAAGUGGAAAGUGUUGAAAAGGACGUGUCUGCAGGAGGGCAAGUGCAAGUAGAAAAUAGAGCGGAAACAAGUAAAAUUAAAACAUACAAGUUUAAGAUUCCAAAGUUUGGAGUGUUGCAUUCAGAAGUCGAGGGUUUUGAAGAUGAUAUCAAUUUGCCAAAGUCAGAAGCUGAUUCAGUAUCUAAAGCUGAAAUAGGCCCAGCAGAGAUGCAGUUUCAAAAAUUAGAAAAAUCUAUUGGCCUGAAACGUCCAUCUCUAGAGCAUAUGGAAGCAUCUGCCAGAAUAACAGUAGACAAAUCACAAGAUGACCCAGAAGUAAAUACAAAAAUUCCCAAGCUAAAAAUACCAAGGUUUACUUUCAAAGCUCUUCCAAUUGAAGCUGAUGUUUCAGUGUCAAAAGUGGUAACAGAUCCAAAGGGAUCUAGUACUGACAUUGAAGUAGUGCAACUGCAAGAAAGCUCUGAUAUCCCCAGAGAAAUACCAGUGGCUCUAGAGGGUAGUGUUCUAAAAGCAAAAAGCAAAAUUCUAACACUAACUGAACCUGACAUUAAAACAGCACAGAUGACUACUACCAUAGGGUCCUCCCUUCCAAACACAGGGCAAGAUGUUCACUGGUCAUAUGUAGAGGGCCAAGAAGCAAGUGAGAAAGUAGAACCUGAACAUGUUGCUAUUGAAAGAUGUGAGAUUUAUACUACUGAAAUAGUGAAAGAAUCAGAGAUUCUCUCAUCAGAAGUCAAAACUCCUGCUUUGGGAUUCUCAUUGCUCAAGGUGAAGUUGCCUGAAUCACAUAGCAACUUAGAAGUGCUAGUCCAGCAGCCAUCUCCAACAGAGGGUGUGUCAGUGAACACAUCUAAAUAUGCUGAUGAAAGUUUUGGAGGAGCAGCACGGAGGACUGACAGUGCUGAGCUUAAACUAUCUGACAAUCUACACAGUGAGAUUGAAGAAUCUAUUGGAGAAAUAAGUUUGCCAAAGUUAAAAACAUCUGCUGUUGAAGUAAAGCCUUCCAGUAAACUUGAAGAGAGUCUUCCUGGUCAAUCACUGCAGGGAAUAACUGCAGAUCCUCUCUCUAAAGAUGAGGAUGUAGAUGAAGCACUAGAAGGUGAAGAAAAAGACAUAACCAAUGGAAAAGAAAAGACUGAUAGUAAAAGAUCUCCUGGAAGAUUCAAAUUUUGGCUUCCAAGUAUUGGCUUUUCAUCUUCUGGUGAUGAAACUAGCACAGAUUCAAAAACAGAAGUAAAAAAGUUAGUUCCAGAAGAAGUGAAACCUGCUGACACAUCAGGUCAUGAUUCUUCUAAGCAAACUGAAAAAACUGGAUGGUUUAGAUUUCCCAAGCUUGGUUUCACAUCUCCUUCCAAAAAGGCUAAAACUGUUGACAAAGAAGAGAUGGGUCAUGGAGAGGGAAGAAUCUCAGAUGAAGAUAGCCCAUCAGAUAAACCUGAUGUAUUUUUUGAUGCACAAGAAAGCUUAUCACCUAAAGAUACAACAGAGGAUGAAACAGUUGAAGCUGAUGUGCUCUCAUCUAAUGUUCCAGUUUCUGGAACUAUCGUGACAUCUUCAGCAAGAACUGAACUAAUCUUGUUGGAAGAAGAAAAAGAUAGUCAAUCUAAUAUUCCUGGAGAUAAAACCAAAUGAAAAUUAUCUUUUCUCAAUUCUCAAUGAAAAUAAAAUAAUCUACAUGUACAGACAAGAAUGUUUUCUUAAUUUUUUAGUAACUGAAAAUUAAGCAAAACCUAAAACUUAUUCAUGAUUAUGUUUAGAUUAUAGAUUACUUCCAAAAUGGAAUAUAACCUAGUACUAUGAGAAGUACACUUACGUGUUUAGAUUUUGGACCUUUCUGACCUACUUUUUCUUUCUUAUUAAAAUAUUUUUCUUUAUUUCAGCUAAGGUAAUAUAUAUAUCCCAUGAACAUUUUAAAAUGCAAAAUGAAAACAAAAUACUAGUGUAGAGAGACUAACUCUUUACCUCUUCCUCUCUUCUCAUUUUUUCAUUAUUGUGGUGGGUCAUAUUUAGCCUUAAAAGAAUUUUAAAAGAAAACCAGAAUAAAUUCAAGACCAAAAAUCAUGUAACUAACUCACAUUUUUAAGAUACCAAAAACAAACCCAAACAACAUUCUGACAAAGAAUAAUUAUUGAAAUGUGAAUAAAUAAAUUUUUAUGUAUAUAUUUACUGAAUACUUAAAUACACAGAAUGAUCUGCCACAGUGGUGGAAUUGCUUCAAAGAUUUUUCUGGGACAGGAGAUGUAUAUAAUAAUUUGCUUCUCUGUUUAUAUUAGUGCUUCUCUCAAGUUCACAACAAAAAACAAAGUGCAUAUGUGACAGCCUUCAUGUGUAUCAUUAAAACACUGUAUUCUUAAUUCACAAUAAACUCACCAUAUGAAUAAUAA